AUGUGCUAUGAAGACUUUGUUCGGGAGUACGAGAAGAUGGAGAUUUGCCAUCUGGGUCCGCAAUCGCUCAGUGACAGCGCAGGAUCAGACCGAAUUACUUUCCAGAUGACCGUGGAACAUGGCACUUGGCAGCCUGGUGUAAACGCCGGAGGUUGCCGAAAUUUCUUAGAUGCUGAUGAUAAUGACAACGAGGACAAAGGCACCUUGAUUAUCGGCUUGAUGCAGAAGGAUCGUAGAAAGAUGCGAAAGCAAGGAUUGGACCUGCUCACAAUAGGCUUCAUGGUCUACGCUAAUUAUAAUCAAGUUUGGCGGGUUGACCAAAUAGACACUGUGGUCGGUGAGGCUGAAGGUGCGCUGUUGGCCAGCCUUCCUCACCUUGAACGUUAUUUUCAGUUGACACUCUCUUUGGAUAGGGUUGGUUUCGGAUGCGAUGACAUCCCUGUUAAGUUGCAGAUCUACUAUAAAGAAGUUCCCUGA